AUGGCAGGAGAGAACUACACCGAGUUCACCAUCCCUACACAUCAUAUCUUAGCCCAAGUGAAGGACAAACCUUUGGUAAGAAGACCACCACCCUUGAAAGGAGAUCCGGACCAAACGCAUACUAGAAAAUACAGUGCCUUCCAUAGGACGCAAGGGCACACUACGAACAACUGCUUCGCUUGGAAAACGCACCUUGAAGAAAUCGUGAGAAAAGGUCACUGCACAGAAUUCAUUGCGAAGCAGGCCAUCCAACGAAUAGAUGAUCGUGACACUGCCAGGGAGCCACCUCAGAAGGUCAUAAGGAUUAACACAGUCCCAGCCGACUUCGAGGACACUAGGCUAACUAGCAAAGAAAAGAAGAGGAAGAUCAAACAGGGCACUGUGAUCUCCCAAAUCUCAAUCGACCUUCCACCUGCAAAAGACGGUCAUGUGACCGGCUUCCAAAAGAAAGAUCUAAUCGGCCUCGACAUGCCACAUGACAAUGCCCUUGUCAUUAGCAUUCAAAUUGCUCAGGCCAUGGUCAACCGAAUCCAUGUAGACAAGGACAGCGUAGCCAUUAUCCUGCAACUGGCGGUCAUCCAGCAGAUGGGCUUGGAGACGAAGAUCAAUAAAUCAGCCAAAUCGUUGACCAGCUUUAAUGGUGCAACAACGGUUACCGUUGGCACGAUAGACCUUGAUGUCUACUCCCCACCUGUAAUCAGCUCGCAAACAUUCAUGGUUAUUAAUGAGGUCUCACCCUAUAAUGGCAUACUGGGCAGACCAUGGAUCAGCAAGAUUAACGCCAUCACAUCUGCUAUACAUCAGAAAAUCUGCUACCCAGUGUCGGUCAGAUCAACAACGAUCAAGAAAUGGCAAGGAAAUGCUCGGCUCAAUGGCUGA